AUGCCAGUUGUCAUGUGGGAUUUCAAACAUUGCGAUCCUAAACGUUGUUCAGGCGUCAAAUUAGCACGUUGUGAUAUGUUAAAAACCUUGAAAUUAAAUCAACGUUUUCGUGGUAUUGUUGCAAGUCCUGUAGGUGAAAAGGCAGUUUCUCCAGCAGAUAGAAAAAUUGUCGAAAUGUAUGGUGCAGGCGUCGUUGAUUGCUCUUGGGCUCGCUUAGAUGAGGUCCCAUUUUCAAAAAUCAGAGGACCUACAGAUCGUCUUUUGCCUUAUUUGAUAGCCACUAAUCCUGUUAAUUAUGGGAAGCCCUGGAAAUUAAACUGUGCUGAAGCCUUGGCUGCUAUUUUUUAUAUUACCGGCUUUCCUGAACAUGGUGAAGAAUUGUUAUCUAAAUUUAAAUGGGGACAUGCGUUCAAAAAAGUAAACGGUGGUUUGCUUGCAAGAUAUGCUAAAUGCAAAGAUUCAACUGAAGUUGUUGCAGUACAAAAUGAAUAUUUAGCCCAACUAGAGAAAGAAGGACGUAAUAAAAAGGAAGACAAGAAUAGUGGUGAUGAAGUAGAAGACGAUGAUGAUGAUGAUGAUGAUGAUGAUGACUUGUUUCAAAAUCAUAAUCGUGAUAAUGCUUUUACUGCAUUUGACGAUGAUAGUAGUGAAGAAGAAGAUAGUAGCGAAGAAGAAGAUAGUGAAGAAGAAGAUGACAGUGACGAUGAUAAUCACAGUCUAGAAGUGAUUCAAGAUAAAUUAGGGAAUACGCAUAUUCAUUAA